AUGCCCGUAUCACCAAAAGACAUCAAGCGUUCUAAAAACCUGUCAAUGCCAACGGAACAGAAUGUCGAGUUGAGUAUGGGGAUUUCUCCCGAUUAUACUCGUUCAUCAUCCGGUCACGUUUCAGAGCAGCAAACGGCAACAGCACCGUUGUCUGUAACAGGUUCGCCUGUAUUCAACGAUGACUCUCGAGUCUUUUAUCGUCAUCAAAAAGCAUGCAUCUGCCGAGGCUCCGGUGUUGGUUGCGAUUGCUCCUCACAGUGUUCGUGUCGAUAA